AUGAGUGAAAAGGAUCUAUCGCACCACUACAAGGUCUUGAAACAGUUUCUUGAUAUUUCUGAUGACCAACAAACCAGAUCUAAAUCAACCUCAUCCAGGGCCCAGAGAGCUAGGGAAAAGUUGCUAAAACUUUCAGCUGCCCAGUUCAAAGAGUUGAGUACAGAUGUUUAUGAUGAGUUGAAACGUAGGAUUGAUGAAAGCAGAGGAGAACCAGAUUACUUGUUGCCUAAAUCAUCAUUCCAUCCUAAGAGAAACCAAGCCAGACAAAAGUUGGCAUCUUUGCCGCAAACUAGAUUUAAGGAUUUGGUGGCUGACAUUUCGUACGAAAUUGAGAGAAGAGAUCUCCACAUAGAACAAAAGGAGUCAGCUGAACCACGUCGCUCUUCUUUGACAUCUAGUCAUGCUUUGAAUGCUCAUGGCUCACAUGAACGCAAGGCUUCCCAAGCAUCUUCUCACAUUUCCCAUGGAACAAAUGGUCAUCACAGUCGUCUGACGUCACAUCAUAACCUCCCCACUCAUGAAGAUCACAUGAAACACGACGAGCAUAACGAUCGCUCGGUGGAUCAAGUCGCUUCAAACAAGAGCCUCGGCAUACCAGAAGCAGAAGCCUCCAAGCAAUCCAUUGGCAUCCAACAGUCUACAGUGGUUCCCACCAAAGCCAACCUCACUUGGUCGAGUGAUGAAGAAGAUAAUGGAAACGAAAGAAGUGACGAAAAGGGAGAAGCCUCUCACCUGCAAAGGCUGCUCAAUGGUGGUCGUACUGUGCAAAAAGACUUGGAGUUUGAUAAGAGUAAAAUUUUGGAAUUGGAGAAGGAAUUAGAUGCCUACAAGAAGCAAUUAAGCAAUGUUGAAAAGCAGAAGGAAAUUCUUUCGGAAAAGCUCAACUCAUUGCAAGAUGAUUACGACUUUUCCGUCAAACAAAAUAAGACUCUCAGUGAAGAACUUGAACUGUUGGGCCAGGAGAAGGAGAAUUGGAUCUCGAAACAUGAAAAUUUAACCAAGUCCUUGCAAUCGAGUGACAAGUCAGAGGAACUUGAAAAACUAAAGUCCAUCAACGCUGCUUUGAGACUUGAAAACCAAUCAUUGAAGAACACCUCGCCCGUUAACCGCUCAAUAUCCAAUCAGUCCCCCAAUCAAUCAGAUUUGCCUGCCAGGACUAAUAAUACCAGCAUCACUGCCUUUUUGGAGAAGUUGGAAAAAAUUGACGUACCUUCACCAGAGAACCCUUCAACAUUGGAAUUAAAGAAUCAGGUUAAACAGUGGCAACGUAGGUACGAGGACUCUAGAUCGAAAUCUAUUGCUAGUGAGAUCAAGAAAACCACGUUGUCCAAGGUAGAAUUGAAGUCAUUGAUAUCCCCUCAAGGUUUAGUUUCAAUAAAGUUGGUUAGCGAUGCUCAAUCGUUGUUGGAGUCAUUCCUUGUCUAUAUUGGUGAAAAUUGGGAUGUUAAUGUGAUGUUUGAAAAAGUUUCGAAAAUUGCUGUUGUCAUGAAUGAGAUUGCUUCUCAGGGAGAAAACCAAGUUCCAAACAGUAAUGAACACUCUAUCCUAUUGCGAGAAGCUUCUGCCUAUGCUUUAACUGCUACUAGAUAUCAUGCUACGUAUAGACAACUUUUCCCAAGGUUUAUUGUUGAAAAGGCGUUGGGAGAAAUGAAUUGCGUUUUAUGUGAUUUAAUCUCAACUUCGAAACUUAAUGAGAAUUCGACAAACUUGAGAAAACUUGAACCAGAAAAAAAGGCUGCUGCUGCUACACCCUCUCAGUCUGAUUAUGGAGUCCGGCCGUUGAAAAUGGCUAACAAAUUAAAGCUGAGCCACCCCAACAUGAUCAACGGAACAUAUUAUCAAACGCCACCAAAUAAGCUGCAACAACAACAAACACCGCCACAAAAUAUACAGCGCUCACCACCACAAAGAACUCAGCAAAUCCCUUCUAGUAAAAUUCAACAAUCUCCUCCGGAGAGAACAGUUUCGCGAGGUAAGCCUUCGGAGGAACCAAAUGGGCAAAGGGUGACACAUGAGAGUACAUCCAGAGAAGAUGGAUUUAAACAGACUAGAGUAGGACUGCGUGAUGCACCACCUUUUGAUAGACUGGAAAAUGAACCAUUUCAGAGAGUGCAACAACUACCACCAGAAGUAUCUAGACAACAGCCGAUUCAUAACACACUGCAAUCAUUUGAACACAUGACUCGGGCUGCUGAUGCAUCUGCUGCACACCAGAGAGCCCUGGAUAAAGGACCGAGUCGUAGUGAUGACAUACUGAAACAAGGAAGCAUGGAACCAGUCACGUCAGAGAGGAAAGUGUCUGCUGAUCACAACAAUGCCCAGAGCCCGUUCAUCGCAUCAGUUUCAGAAAGAAGUGAAAAUAUUGUUCCACAAAUUGUUGAACGUGAAGCUGUGCCAUUGGCAAGUAGAGAUCUCAACAGAGAGCCGAUGGCUGAAAAGCAUUUAGAAAAGCAUUUGGAGAAACAGCAGGAGAAGCAUUUCGACAAUGCGACAACUUCUACCCCAUCUUCUUCAAAGAUUGAAAAGACAUCCAAUGUUUCUGCCCUUGGUCGCAAGUUUGCAGGAUCAGUUUCUGACCAUGAUCAAUCAUCUCCGCCAGCUAUGAAAACCACUCCAACAAAGAAGGGAAAUAUAAUGGAUAGAGUGAAGCAAUUUGAGAGUUCGCCAGAAGCUCAAAUGAAGUCUAGCCCGGGACGAUUCCAAAGAUCCCCGAGAUCAUUUGAAUCAACCGAUGAAAGUGGUGAUGAACCAAGACGACUUGCUGAUCCAUUCACGUCAAAAUUACAAGGAGAGUUGGUGGGAUCGUCACCAGCUGCCAAAGGAAAUUUCAAUGAUGACGACACUUCACUAACCGGAAGAGGCAGAGGUAUCUUACAAUCAUUCAAGGAAAGGUCUGAUGCGGAUUCAGAUGCAAACACAAAUGGUCUCCGUUCCAAGCCAGACCAUUCAUAUAGAAGGGAUGAAGGUGAGCGCACUUCCGAAAUGGAGCGUGGUGGUACCAAUACCCUGCAGAACAAGAAUUUGUCUGCUCCCGAACAAGCAAGAAGGGUGGGUGAGUUUACUCCUAUCAAUCAUUCGUUUGACGACAAUGACAAACCUGUUGACAAUGAGCCGGGGGUUCGUGUUAAGAUCAGCUCUCCUAAACUAGCUCAAGAACCAAGUUCACUGGAAGAUUCUGAUGAUGAUGAUUAUGAAGACGAACGCGAUACGGAACAUGAAGCUAGACAGAGACAGGAGUAUCGCAAAUCUAUGGCUGCUGCAACAUUCAAUGUUGACUUGUUUGAUAUUGAUGAUCCUGACAAUACGUUAACUCAAGUUUUGCUUUAUCUCGAACAUCAAACGGUGGAAGUGAUCAAUACUAUUCAAUCAUUGCUUGGAGCCAUCAAGAAACCCAAUGCAACAAGAGGAGAUUUACGUAAUAAAUCAAAGGCAAUUACCAUUGUCAUUGCUCAAAUGUGCGAAGCUACAAACACAUCAAUGAAUCAAACUCGAAAUGCCCAAUUGAAGGAACAUGGCAGCUGGGUAGUCAAAUCUUUGGAAGAUUGUUAUCAUCGUAUGGAUAUCUUGUGUAAACCACCUCAAGAUUCCAAUGAUGGCCAAUUCGCUGAUAAGAAUUUCAAACAAAGAUUAGCCGGAAUCUCGUUUGAUAUUGCUAAAUGCACUAAAGAGUUGGUGAAGACUGUCGAAGAGGCCAGUCUUAAAGAAGAUAUUGCUUACCUUGAUGCUAGACUUGGUCGUAAUGAGGAAGAUUUGACUUGA